UCAAUGAAACCUCUCUCUACUACAAACAACAAACAACAGUUUUUAAGAAAAUUAGAAAAAGACCCCAAAAACUUUAGUUUCUUAUCAAUUUCAACCUUUCUCCUUAUGGGCUUACUUGAUCAUCUCUGGGAUGAUACCGUCGCUGGUCCACGGCCAGAGAACGGCCUUGGCAAGCUUCGUAAACACCAUACCUUCAGUUUCCGACCUAGCUCCGGUAAUGAUCAAUCUGAAGCUGGAAGUGCGAGAUCGUACGGUGAGGAUUCGCCGGAAGAAACUGUGAAAGUUACACGUAGCAUCAUGAUAAUUAAACCACCCGGUUAUCAAAGCGGUUCAGCUCCUGCUUCUCCUGCCGGUUCAACUCCGCCGCUUUCUCCUUUCUCUCCGCCGCUCUCUCCGUUCACGGAGCAAACGCAGCAGGAAAGGAACCCUUUCGGUUUAGGAGGCGGUCGACGUCGGAUGCGUUCGAUAAGGCGGCAGUCGGAGGAGGAGGCGGAUCAGAGACUGGACCAAGGAGCUCUCCUCCUCCUUACGGCAUGUGAUCUUUAAAGUCUCUAACACAAAAUCUUGAAAAAGAGAUAAAAAAAAAAAAAAAACAGAGUACCCUUAUGACAACAACAUCAAGUGGUUGUUUAGUUUGCAAAGUCUUGUUGUGUUUUUCUUGCUUGUGUAGGUUCGUUUUGUUUUGUGUGUGUUAAUGUUUUGCUUUUGUAAUGCUUUUUUUUUUACGAGUUUGUACAUUUUUGCUGCAAUGAUAAUAACAAGAGACAUGUAGAUGCUUAACUUUA